UUUUAAUCGGUUGACAAAAUAUUUAGAAAGUGUGUAAUACUUCUCUAAGGAUACCAAAGCUCAAAUAGCUGCAGUGCUUGGCUGUUUGUGUUGCAGAAAAAAAAUAAAUAAAACAAAAGUUAUUUGUGUUGAAUGAAAUUUGUUUUGUAAAAUAUUAAACAAAAAAAGGACUUAAAAUACAGAGGCAAGAACGCAAAACAACACAAAAGUGAAGUACCAUCAAAAGAGGUUGUGAAACCCCAGCAACUCUUUGCAGCAGUGGCCGUUUGAGUAAAUAAGGAUCUGCAGGACUUUAGUGUUGUGCCUUUGAGUGGCCAUAACGAGCGGUUAGAGACUUUGAGCUAACCAAGAAACACCAAAGUCUAAGGACCUUGAGUAUCAGCUAGUUGCUUUUGUUGUUGUUGCUGGUGUUUUGACUAUUUCUCUCUCUACCCAUCAAGAAGUGUAAUAAUGAGCGGUUUAAGUUUUUUAACAUUUGUGUUGGUCGUAUUUUGUUGUUAUGCCUCCAGCACUUCAAAGCCCACUCGAAACGAGGUACCAACGAAAAAUUUGGAUUCAUCCCAACAUCAAACGGCGGCAACACAAAUUUCACAUGCGGCAAUACGUGACGGCACCAACACCCAUACCAUCACGGAUGCUAAGUCAGAGACACGCCGCAAACGUUCUCAGCUGGAUAUGGGUUCAGCUGCCGGAGUAUUUGGUGCGGGUGCCACGGAAUACAAGGAUUUCGGCGAAUUCUUAGAGGAUUUAGGUGAUAAUGGCCUUUUGCCAUCCUCACUAAUGCCCCAAUCACAGGAAGUCAUUGAUGUGGAGAACAUGUCACCUCUGGUCUACUUUAUGUUGUUGCAAAAAAUUAAACAGUUGCAAAGUGGCGAAUGGCAAUCACCCACCCGCCGUACUCCCCGCCUAGGUCGUAGCAUUGACUUCCAGCUAUUCGAUGCAGCAGCUGCCACCAACAGUGCCAAUCCCGCAGGCAUUGCAUCACGAGACUUUGAAAGUGGCUCCGCAUUGGCCAACGAUUAUGCAGGCAUCUCACGUCAAUAUCUGCCACAUGUGAUGAAGAAAUCUGUCCAAUUUAAACCACGUCUUGGUAAACGAACUCAGGUCUGUGAUUAAAGCGAAAACCAAGGCCUCUAUCUUUCGUCCGUUCAACGGCAGACGGAAGUCAACACUGACAACAAGGAUAUUACAAAAAUAAUGGAAAAACUAAAUUACCCAACCACAAAUGCAUGCCAAUGACAUUCUCUUCUUCAUCAAACAAGACCCACUACAUCAGCACAACCUUGUACGCCCCCCCCCCCC